AUGGGCAAAUUGCAAAUAAGCCACGCAUACAAUUUCCUUGUGUUACAAGGAUGGGUAAUCAUAGUAGAGGUGCGGCACACUGCACAUCAGGUCCCGUCCAAAGCAAAGUUAGGCUUAAACGGAGUACCUCGCUGGCCCCUCGCAAUUGCAUUUGCCAGCUCAAGCCAGCUCAAUCUCAAAUAUGGCUUGUGCUUGGACGAGUCUGGGCAAGCUUACCCUGUUGCCUACGCGAGCACUUUCAAUUGUUCUCAGAGUGCGGUCUUGGUAAAACAAAAGCGUUGCCUUGUUCCAUUCCUCCUUCUCAUUAUCACCGUUGCUUCCAAGUUGUUUCCUUUCUGUGUCGAAAGCGCGACGUCCAGUUAUAUUCUUACACUCCCCGCAGAAUGGCGUUUUUACCAAAGCGAAUCGCCAUUUUUUCAUUUAAGCUAUGUCAGUAUCGUGACUAUAGUAGUCAGCAAUUACGGGUUCUUCUCCACUACCUUUACCCAACAAACCUGUCAAAAAUACUAUCUUGUUGCGCCUAUCUUCAAAGGUGUGAGAACAUUCAAUAUUGCAAGAAGAGAUAGGCGGAUAGGAAUUGCAUUAUUGCUGCUAUACCUCUUCUCAAUUUCGGCGGAGUGGUUCGUUGAUCUAUUUCACAGGACCCAACAAAAAGCUGCCGUCCUUGAUUUAGGAAAAGUACUGUCAACCUGGUUCUUCUACUUCCCUGUGAUGUUGUAUGACAUCGUGAUGGUGACGGUAUCUACCAUGUAUCUUCUGCGUUAUAAUCCUCUCAGUAGCAGAGUCGAACGGUUGAUACGGGUUGUCGAACGUAUUGAACCUCAUCUUUUAUCAUACGACCAAUCUCGAGACUCAGCUCUAUUGUAUCCACUCGCUUCCAUCAUUAGUCGGCAGGAAAUGACACAGCCAAAUGCCCAACACAUAGAGAAAGUGAUCGUCGCGCGUCAGAGCACGCUCAAUAUGCAGAGAAGCGUGAUGUCCGGUCUCCGCUCACAGUUCGAGUCUAAGAAUUACUCCCGAGGCUCUAGAAGCUUAAGAAGCCCCAUAAAUACAGAGUUCAGGCCCACAUCGCCUCGUAAUCCCAACGACAUGGAACUCAAUAUACGCGUACCCGUCGAGCGCCCGGUGGCAGUAGACGAGUCUAGGAAUUCGAGCUCGCGGGGGCCACCAGUGGUGGAAUGA